AUGCCGCCGAUACAAGAAAGAGUGCCAGCAACUGACAUCCAGUCCACGAAGUCGCAAAUAUUCGGCAAACGCCCCACAGCCGACUCUAAAUGCCCGCCGGCCAACAAUGUUAAAUUUCAAGGUGAUUGCUGCGAUGAGGAAAACAUAAAUUUCUCUCAGUUUCACGAUUACAAGGGACUCGUUCAACCAAGCAGGCUGCAAACCGGCGUGAACUUCCCGGGGAAGCGCUACAUGCACAUGGCAGAAAGCCGCUAUGGGCUGGCCCCUUCUGAGUUACGUCAAGACAUAGAGAAUGCUAGACUAUCUCAAAAGACUUGA